AUGGCUACCGCAGCUCUUCUUGAACAGCUAAAAGCUGAUAUGCUCAAAGCUGAUAUGCUCAAAGCUGACAUGCUCAAAGCUGACACUACAGCUCGUCUGGCAAGCAGUCGGGAUAUCAGCGAGAAGAUUGAUACCUCAACCUGGAAUGACAAAGAUUUGAUUGUCUUCGAUAGCCUGAUAGCAGAAAGAAGAAACGCCGAGAAAGACCAUCACAAGUUCUCCAUUGACUAUAAAAAGCGUAAGGUGACCUCUAGAGAUCUGAAAGCACCGAAUGACUGGAAGUACGACAAUGAAACUGCUGGAUACAGGUAUGUGGGCCAGGCCAACCUCUGUCCUAUGGACAUAGAUAUACCGGGAGGACGCCCCUGUCGUCAUGAGAUCUGCAAGCAAGCAAAGACCACAAAUGGAAUAUCAUAUCUUGAAUAUGACACAGUCACGCAUUACGCCUAUCGAAUUCUCAACAGCAAGACCAUACGGAUGAAAAAUGCACUUAGAAAACAGCGUGACAUCCAAUUACUCAAGGACCGGCAACUAGAACUAGAGUGGAGAGAGAAAGCCAUCAAAAAGUUCAAACGUUUUGGAAAAGAAGCUGGUGAGGCAAUUCUCGCUGCAGCGGAACGAUUCGAUAAGUCUCGAGACCCUUCACUAUCGCCAGAACGUCCUGACAACGCAGUCGAACAAGUAGGACGAGCAAUAUCGCGACGAAGAGCCGAUAUCCUUCCGGACACAGCCAAAUUAUUUCUGGAAACUGCCUCUCGCCGUCUACAAAAUGCUGAUGAUCCUGAUGGCCACUGGCAUAACCCUGUGCAGUACGUCGAAUUUCUGCAAAAUGUUCAACUCAAUCACUUGGAGGCCGUCAUGAUGAACAUCCGCGACGUCCUGCAGAUCAGCGCAGUCAUUGACUAUGAGAUCGAUUAUCGUUUACGUGCCUUCCUCGAGCAGUUCAGGCCACUGGUCAAGUGCAUUCCACGCAGCGUUAAGAAUCACUACAAUUAUACUGUGCUUGAUGCGUUCCAAGCAAUCAUACAACUCAUGAGGGCUCAAGAAGAGGCUCCCACAGCUGAUUCAGAUAAACUCCAACCACAAAGUAGUUACCUUUAUCACACUCUUGCACGAUGCGCCGCUAUAGACAGAGACAUUGAACGAAAGACAAAACAGGUGUCAAGUACUACACUCGCACCGAAAGAUCUAAACAAUCAGAUGGUGCUUCUCAGCAAGGACGACAUGAUGAAGUCACCACUUUUCUUACUCUCUAGGUCGUUAUUAGAGGGGCGUGGGAUAAGUUUCGACAAAAUAGAGCAAGCGUCCUUGCCAAAGACGAAAGCGAAUACUGCCCGGGGUUCGUUGACAUAUCCGUUGCAGGAAAUUACCGAGUUGGAACACGAUGCUCUUUUUCACUUCGCUAAUGACCUACAAAAGCAUAUGGUAUAUUUCAGCAGAACAGGAGAUGGACUACAUAAUUUCAUCAUGGCCUGCUACGAUGAAGGAUGGACUGCAUCGACAGCCAUGUUAAGACUUGCCAUAAUUCUCAGAUAUCUAAACGACGAGAAUCCAUGCACCGCCCGCGGUGUCCUUAGCAGACUAUCUGCAAUGAUUGACGACAACGCGCCAGGACUUCCGCAAGGAUGGGUGCCUUACUGCAAAGGUAUAGGCUAUGCCAUCCUGCAUACUUGGAGCUAUCUAAUGCUUGAGGCAAGUCACUGCUAUGGACGCUACGACGUUGAGGAGUAUGCCUAUGUCUCUACCUUUCUCUUGGUAUGUCAUGUACUCAGAGCCUACCCGGAUGGGGAACUGGUACACACAUUCGAAGAAAAGCUGCAGGUCAUUCUGAACAUAAUUCAACCUCGGACUAGACCUUCGUGGACGGCAUCAUUGCUUCGAGUAUAUGAGCAGAUGCUUCUCCAAAUCCCACACGAGCCGGACUUCUCUUCGAAGAACCCAGAAGUAGGCAUUACACCACUUCCACAAGUUCGAGAGAUUACCGUACAUUCGGGACAGCCACGAAUCAGAUCGCAAAACCCGACAGAUGAGCUCAUCGCUCUGUCUAUGCCUACAUUCCUACGUGUAUGUAAGGACGCCUGUUUCAGCAGUGAGGUGACCGCCCGAAUUUUGAAGUAUAUAGCCUUGUGGAUUCGAUCCAGCUCACCGUAUCCCAGUAAACGCAGUCUGAAUCUCCUCUGGCACAUGUUUCUGCGGAUGGAAGCAAAGUUUAAGCUCACACCUGGUAUGCAGACGACAGAUCUUCAGCUACCUGAGCAGUCCAGCCUAAACUUAGGAAUGCAUAAUCACUGCAAUAUCUGGGAACUCGAUGAUGAUAAACUCACUGGAUUCUUUAGUGGAUACUCGUCCCGAUAUCGUGAUGAGCGCCACGAUGUUUCUGCACUUGUCAGCUCCUUCAAGAUCUACAGGCAACAACUUGGCAUUCAAGAUCGACUUAGUGACAAAGUGCAUGAUAUGAUGUCCCACAAGGACUUCCCAGAAGUUCUCAGGCAAGUCUUUACUCGUGAUGAUAUUCUACCUCAGCGGUACUGCUAUGGCCCAGAGAGUGUCCAGGAUACUGUCAACUGCCUGGACUAUGUAAUGUAUCUGAUCAUGCCAGAAAUCGACUAUCCGACCGUCUCUUUCAUCCAGGCACUACUGCGACGGCCUGCAGAGUACGAUCGAUACUUCACCUGUCUGGCAUAUCUUCUCAAUAUUCUCGGCCUCGAGGAGGACGCUGCAAAAGUGGAAGAAGCCGCCACAGAAUUGCAGCUACAAUACAAGAAUGGCGACGACAUUUCAGAGACCAAUGCUGAUUUAGUCACGGUUUUACGCAUUGCAGCAGAUACCUACUCCAAGACAGACCAUAUCGAUAUUAUCUACAGCGACUACGAGGGCAAUGGUGCUAGUGACAAUGACAGUGACAGCGACAGCGAUAGCGAUAGCUGUAAGGAUUUAACAGACGCCCAACUCAUGAAAAGACGACGCGAAGGGCUUGCUGAUGGAAGGUGGGACACCAGUAGCAGCGACGAAGACGAAGAAGAACCAAGCAGCAGCAAUCGAACCGUACCUGAAAGCACCAGUUACAGAAACACCAACAACCUCACCAACCUCACCAACGCAACUCCACAACACCCUUCUUCAGGACUUAAUACUCCACCAGCAACAAACUCUAAAAUAGCCACAAACGACCCUCUCAAAGACCAUCUCUCAACUUUAAUCCCAUUCUCAGCCCCAAACCCCGACCAUCUCCCCGAAAAGAACAUCAAUAACAACAACGCACCAGAAAGUACCCGAGAAUACACCUACCUCCCCCCAAACUCAACAAUCCCAGCCAAGAUCAAAGCGCUCGAAGACUCGCUUCUCGCCCUCCAGCCAUUCGAGGAGAUUGAGCAGGAUUUUCACAAUGUGCUGGAUACAUUUAAGAGGUUUAAGGAGGUUUUGAAGGAGGAGAAUGCGUAG